CUCGCCCGGCCUCAUGAUGGCGGCGGCGCUGCGCGGGGCCGGGGGGUUCCCGGGACGCCUGUUGAGAUCUUCAGAGAUUCUGGAUGACUGUUCCUCAAAUGAUACUACACAAGGCAGCUAUUGGAUUGUGUUUGUUGGAUGAAACCCAAAUAUUUACUUUCAGUCAAGUGGGUGGAGCCCCCUAACUACAGUUUACAUGUGUAGGUCACUGCGUUACUUGGUUAGUCAUUGUCUCUAUGCAGCAAUGACAAGGCUGGAAGAGGCAAACGGAGAAGUGAACAUGCACUCAUCAGUCAGAUACCUUGGCUAUCUUGCCAAAAUCAACUUACUGGUUGCCAUUUGCAUGGGCCUUUAUGUCAGAUGGGAAAAAACUGCGGAUGCACUGAUUUUGGUAAUAUUUAUUCUGGGUCUCUUUGUUCUUGGAAUUGCCAGCAUACUGUACUACUAUUUUUCAAUGGAAACAGCAAGUCUGAGUCUCUCCAGUCUUUGGUUUGGUUUUUUGCUUGGCCUCCUCUGUUUUCUUAAUAAUUCUACCUUCAAAACUGAUGUGAAAGAAGAAGCUACUAAAUAUUUGCUCCUUUCUGCCAUUGUUUUAAGGAUAUUAUGUGCUUUGAUUGAGAGAAUUUGUGGUUGUAUACAUCAUCGACCGACUCUGCUGACAACAGUUGAACUUUUGGAGCUUAUUGGAUUUGCAAUUGCCAGCACAACUAUGCUGGUAGAAAAAUCUGUGAGCGUUACUCUGUUGGUCGUGGCUUUGGCCAUGUUGAUUAUUGACUUACGUAUGAAGUCUUUUUUGGCAAUUCCAAAUUUGGCCAUUUUUGGAGCCAUCACAUCCUUACUCUUUUUUCCAUCACUGCAAAUCCCCACCAACCCGUUUGCCUUGGCAUGUUUCUUCAGCUGCCUGAUUUCAGAUCCCGUUCUCGACGUUUACUUCAGUGGACUUUCGGUCACUGAGCGAUGGAAGCCCUACUUGUACCGUGGUAGAAUUUGCAGAAGGCUUUCUGUCAUCUCAGUUGGGGUCAUUGAACUCAUCUUUUUCAUUCUUGCAGCCUUUAAACUACGUGAUUUGGAUCUCUGGUAUUUUGUGAUACCUGGUUUUUCUAUUUUUGGAAUUUUCUGGAUGAUCUGUCAUGUGAUAUUUUUUAUAACACUUUGGGGCUUUCACACAAAACUAAAUGACUGUCACAGGGUAUACUAUACACACCGUGCAGAAAACAACAGCCUUGACAGAGUUAUGGCAUCUAAAGGAAUGCGUCACUUCUGUUUAAUUUCAGAACAGCUCGUGUUUUUCAGCCUUGUCGCAACUGCUGUUUUGGGGGCUGUUUCUUGGCAGCCAACCAAUGGGAUCUUCAUGAGUGUAUUUCUCAUCGUUUUACCUCUGGAGUCGAUGGCUCAUGGGCUGUUCCAUGAGCUGGGAAACUGCUUGGGAGGAACGUGCGUUGGGUAUGCUGUUGUGAUUCCCACCAAUUUUUGCAGCCCUGAUGGCCAGCCAACUCUUCUUCCACCUGAGCAUGUACAGGAGUUAAACCUGAGGUCUACAGGCAUGCUUAAUGCCAUCCAAAGGUUUUUUGCAUAUCACAUGAUUGAGACGUAUGGUUGCGAUUACUCUACCAGUGGACUGACCUUUGAUACCCUUCACUCCAAGAUCAAAUCUUUUCUUGAACUUCGGACAGCAGAUGGACCCAGACAUGAUACCUACAUUUUAUAUUACAGUGGUCACUCACAUGGCACUGGCGAAUGGGCACUGGCAGGAGGUGAUGCUUUACGACUUGACACGCUCCUGGAGUGGUGGAGAGAAAAGAACGGCACUUUUUGUUCUCGACUCAUCAUCGUUUUAGACUGUGAGAACUCUCAGCCUUGGGUUAGAGAAGUAAGAAAAGUGAAUGACCAGUACGUUGCCGUGCAAGGAGCAGAAAUGGCCAGGAUUGUAGACAUCGAGGAAGCCGACCCUCCACAGCUUGGUGAUUUCACCAGGCAAUGGGUUGAGUACAACUGUAACCCCGACAGCAACAUCAGCUGGUCUGAAAAGGGACGUACAGUGAAAGCGGCCUAUGGGGUGUCGAAACGCUGGAGCGACUACACUUUGCAUUUGCCAACAGGAAGCGAUGUUGCCAAACACUGGAUGAUCUACUUCCCACGUAUCACCUAUCCCUUAGUACAUUUGGCAAACUGGUUUUGUGGUCUCAAUCUGUUCUGGGUCUGUAAAGCGUGCUUUAGGUGCUUGAGAAGAUUGAAAAUGAGUUGGUUUCUUCCCACAGUGCUGGACACAGGACAGGGCUUCAAACUCGUCAAAUCCUAAUUAGGAACCAAAGAGGAAAUGAAGUGAGAGCUCUGGGAACUUUCUCACUUUACUGUACUUAAAACUUUUUAUAUGACUAUUUUUCUCUAAAAAAAAAAAAAUCUGCUACACUCACUUUAUUGAGCUCUUUGAGCAGCUAAAGUAUAUGCAACAGUUAGAGACUGCAAUCUUAAACAGAAAAGGAUAGGAGUAGGGUAUUUGAGGUUUUUUACUGGUCUAUAUGUACGUUAGAGACUAUUUGAAUAUGACCAUGCAUUUUGGAGACAGUUUGCAUGUUCAUAUGUGUUACUUUAAGCAGCCUUCAUUCAGAGUCACCAGUUUGAUGGACAGCAGCUUCUGUGAAUGUUCUAGCAUGCUUAUUUGUCAUUUAUAUCCACUCUAAGUUCAAAUACCAGAAAAGAACCAAGCUAAUAUUCCAAUCAAUUUAUAUAUGUCCUUGAAAUGAUAUGGUGGUGUUAAGGGUAUUAUCAAACAGCAAUGAGUCAAAAAAGAAAGAAUGAAUAGCCAUUGUAUGUAAGUAGCUACCAAGAAUCUUUAGUUUUACUUCCUUUUACAUGUUCAGCCCCUGCCUCAGUUCUCCACUGCAACCAGUGGAAAUUUGCCACAGGAAACAAGGAAAUCAGGCAAUGCUCUAAUGUUCUGGUGCUGCUUGGACUACAUUUUCUGGAGUGCAGUUUUUAAAACUUUCAGGAUUACUUCAAAAAUUCUGUAUCUUGCAGGUGGGUUUUUUGGGGUUUUUUUUGUUUGUUUUGUUUUUGUUUUGUUUUAAAUAUUCCCAGUAGUUAAUUCAUAUACAGAAUAAAAUGUGCACUGAGAGCUUUUCCUUCACCUGUUAGGGUAGUUGUGUCUUUUCCAGGCUGUUACUCAUUUGUGUUUUGGAAAACUACCCUGAAGGAAAAACAAAACCCAAGGAAUUUAACAAAGAAAAUACUCCAUAGAUAAAAGAUGGAAGUACAAGUGUUUCCUUGCUUCCAUGCUUGUCUUAUGACUUUGCUGUGCCUAAGACCUUAAUUCUGUAAAAUGCUGAGGACAGGAUCAGACCAAUGAGUUCACUGUCAGAAAGAACAGACUCCUGCCCUUAGGAUGAAUCCUGAGUAUUCCUCAACUCUGAUCUCCCAGCCACAAGGUCCUAAUCUUAAUUCUUGCACUUACAGAGCUGGAUGGUACUCCUACCCCAGCCUUUCCUCUUCAGUCAGAGAAGCUGCAUAGCUUUCUGAUCUCUUUUUCUCAAGUGCAGAAAAUAAGGAGUGAAACAACUAAGCAGCUAAGGCAGUACACUUUGUUGUGGGCUUUAUGCAUAGGUGUGUGCAAUCAAGUAGACCUAGAGUUUACUUUUUUCAGUUUCCAUCAGUAUUUUAAUAAAAACAUUAGGCAUUUGUAUCAAAUAUAUUUUUUCUUUUUCUUUUUUUUUUUAAUACAUGAAAAUACUUCAGGAGCUCCUUAAUUCUUUGCCAUCAACGGUUUUUCUAAUUCUUGUUGUGCUUUUUAGCCAGCUAAGUUAGAGAAACUAACACUAGUAUCGUUACUAACUCCUAAAAAUAAAAUGCAUGAUUAAUUGUGACAUUUGCAAUAGCCAGAGUAAUUUACACCCAUCAACUUCAAAAUAGUGAUAUUUUAGGAUUUACAAGUUAAAUAUUUCUAAAGGAAGACUCAUUUCAUCUCUGUUUUAAGAUUAUUUUUUCUGUGAUUGUGCCUAUUAGAUUUGUUUUGGUUUUGCUUUCAUGCGCCAAAGGUCAAGCAGACAAAUCUCUCAUGUCUGUUUAAUAACCUUAGUCAUCCUCUGGAGCCUGGGCUGGGUACGUAAGCUUCUCAUUCAAGCAUAUAAAUUGGAUACUUGAAGUUAGGCUGAACAAGCAUCUGUCAAAUUGCAGAACAGCAGCACUUCUUCCUUCUGCAGAAGUAAUUUUCAGCCAUUCCUGGUCAACAAACCUUGAGUAUAGAGAGAAAAGAUUGCAUAAAGGCAAUCAUUUGUUUUUUAAAAUCACUAUUAUUUUGACUGCUGUUUCAGUAAAAGUUCAUCUGAUUGCAUCAUAAACUGUUCCAACUAGAGCACUUUUAACAAAGUAACGCUGUAGUACCUAAUAGUCAUGCUCUGAAUAUCUGAAAAUCAAGAAGUUAGCGCUCUGUUUUGGAACAGCUUUGAGUAUCAACCGUAACACUUCCUGCUAAUUAUAAUGAGUCAAUCUUAGUCUGUACCUGCUACUGUUACAUUUUUAUGGACAUCUUCUGGAUCUUUGGUUUUGUACCUCAAGAGGAGCAGGAAAAAUGCAACAAUGGGCCUGGCUUUGGGCAGAACAGAAGCAACAGUUGGUGCUGAUCGUUUGCCUCUGUUUGUUAAAUGAACUCCAGCUUCCUUAUCAAACUGAUAGAUUUUCUCUUAAGAUAAACUGGGUGAUUUUUGGCAGUUUUCUGCAACGUAGAUAGAGUCAGUUAAAAAUGUAGCAAAAAGAUUAUUUGCAAAACUAAUCACAUGUUUGCAGAUUGUUUCCGUUUUCUCAGUUAAGAACUCUAGUUUUCUGAAUAUGAGAUAGGUUUAACAUGAGCUAAGGUAUUCCUACUUUUGAUGUUACUAUUUUUUUAAACAACAAAGGGAUGGUGAAAAUGCUGAUCUAAAAUAAAUGUUUACAGCCAUUCAAUACUACGAGGCCUUUUUGGACAAAGAGACUGUCUUGUGUUUAUCAAAACACAAUGAACCCCAGGGUGUGGGUUGAUGAGCCUCAAGAGUUCAGCAGUAUUAAUUCCCUGUUCUACACCAACUAAUACCAAGGUGUCCUACCUACCAUGACCCCCAUCCCCAGGUGGAGGUGGAGUUUUCCCGUUCCUGGCACUCACACGACUCUGUGGUCUUUGCCCAGCUCUGGGCACCUGCUUGAGGGACAACACAGCAGGAGCUCCUAAUCCCAGUGAGGAGUUAUCCCUCUGCUGUUCCCUAUAUGAAAUACAGGGGCAAUGCUUGAAAGAGAAAUUAAAAUCUUAUUCCAAAGAAUGUUACAUGUGCUCUCAGUUAUGUACAAGUUGUUUUUCUUUCGUGGUAACGUGUUUGUGAAUGGUCUGGAUGCAGAAAAAUCUAAGCUUUUUUUUCCGAGGCUUGUCUCUCUACUGUAUAUUUCAGACAUUUUGUUACAAAUGUUGCUAUAAAUUUAUAUCAUGGUAGUAAUUUUAUGUUGACUUUGUUUCAUUUACCUCCUGUAAGGUGGUAAGGUGUCAGCCUUGCUGAAACAUACAAAUGCACUAAGUUGGACAAAUACAAGUCUUUAAAAGGAAUUUAAAUUGCAAAUUCACGAUACUAUUUUUCUCUGAACAAGUAUUGCAGGAAAAAAAGCCAUUUUUCUUCAUUUUUGCACUACCAGAGUUACGUAUUUGCAGUUCCUUUUGCUAUGUAUGCCAUCUGAUUGCUGUUGUCCAGCCUUCAGUUCAAGUUUUUUCCCAGAAACAGUUUGUUCACCUUUAUUAAGUUUUCCUUUUGUUUUGCAAAGACAUAAUUAAUGCUAGGAUAGCUGUAAAGCACCUCUGUUGCCAGCAGCAGACAGUGUAUCUGGGUUAAGUUUCUUGUUUAUAAAUAUGUUUUUGUGAGAGGAUUUUUACUGGAACUUACCAAUUUUAGAGCUGUAAAUAGAUUGUGUGUGUGUGUUUGUGAUAUUGCUUAAAUAUAUUUUGCUGUUCUGAAUGCUCAUUUCCAUUUCUUGUUUUUUGUUUAUGCCUUGAUCACUUCCAAAAUUUCUGUGCUCCCUCUUGAAUUACAUGGGUUUUUUUUCUGUA